ACGGCCAUCUUCUGUCGCCGGGCACGAGAGGAGAAACAGCACCAGUCAUGGCAGACUACUCGAACGUGGCUCCCCCGUCCUCUAACGCGCCCGCCGGGAUGAACGACGCUUUCAAAGACGCGCUUCAACGAGCGAGACAGAUCGCGGCUAAGAUCGGAGUCGACGGCGUUCCUGCACCUACAACAAACGAGUUUGGCUACGGAGGCCAGAAAAGGCCCCUGGAAGAUGCUGGUGGGUAUUUUCCCAUGCCUAACCUCAAUAUAGACCAACCAGAGACAAAGAAAGUGGCACCUAGUGACCCCUUCUCAGGUGGAAUGGGCGGAAUGGGAGGAAUGGGAGGUCCCCCAAGGUCCGCAUCGGAGGACUUCAAGGUUCCCGAUGGCAUGGUUGGAUUCAUCAUUGGGAGAGGCGGAGAGCAGAUAUCCCGUAUGCAGCAGGAAUCUGGAUGUAAAAUACAGAUCGCCCCAGACAGCGGCGGCAUGCCCGAUAGAUCGGUGACAUUGACAGGAUCCCCAGACGCCAUCCAGUGUGCGAAGAGGCUCCUCACAGAGAUUGUGGAGAAGGGUCGCCCAACACCAGCAUUCCACCACAACGAGGGCCCUGGCAUGUCGGUUCAGGAGAUCAUGGUCCCUGCUUCUAAAGCCGGCUUGGUCAUUGGCAAGGGAGGGGAAACCAUCAAGAGCCUUCAGGAAAGAGCCGGAGUUAAGAUGGUCAUGAUCCAGGAGGGACCUCAAAACACGGGCGCAGACAAACCUCUCCGGAUCUCGGGGGAAGCUUUCAAAGUUCAGCAAGCCAAAGAGUUGGUGAUGGAGCUGAUCAGAGACCAGGGGUUCAGAGAGCAGAGGGGGGAGUAUGGCUCUAGGUUGGGGGGUGGUGACAGCUUAGAUGUGAGUAACAUUGAAGUCCCAGUGCCGAGGUUCGCGGUCGGCAUCGUCAUCGGUAGGAACGGCGAGAUGAUCAAGAAGAUCCAGAGCGACACGGGCGUCCGCAUCCAGUUCAAACAAGACGACGGCACCACGCCGGAGAGGAUAGCCCAGAUCAUGGGCCCGCCCGAGCAGGCCCAGCACGCGGCCGACAUCAUCUCGGACCUCCUGCGCAGCGUGCAGGCCGGCGGGCCCCCGGGUCACGGCGGGGGCAGGGGACGGGGCCGCGGACAGGGCAACUGGAACAUGGGCCCCCCCGGAGGCCUGCAGGAGUUCACCUUCACCGUCCCCACCAUGAAGACCGGCCUCAUCAUCGGCAAGGGGGGCGAGACGAUAAAGGGCAUCAGCCAGCAGUCGGGGGCCCGCAUCGAGCUCCAGAGGAACCCCCCGCCCAACGCCGACCCCAACAUUAAGAUGUUCACCGUGCGCGGCUCCCCCCAGCAGAUCGACUACGCCAGGCAGCUCGUGGAGGAGAAGAUCGGGUGUCCGGUCACCCCGAUGGGAGGACCCCAUGGUCCACCUGGGCCUCACGGAGGACCCGGCCCCCACGGCCCCCCAGGGCCACCAGGCCCACCCGGUGCUCCAAUGGGGCCCUACAACCCGGGACCCUACAACCAGGGGCCCCCCGGUCCACAUGGUCCUCCGGCCCCCUACCAGCCUCAGGGAUGGGGCAACGGCUUCCCCCACUGGCAGCAGGGCCAGCCUGACCCUAGUCACGAUACAUGUCCAGACAAAGCUGCUGCUGAUGCCAACGCUGCGGCGUGGGCGGCGUACUACUCCCAGUACGGCCAGCAGCCCCAGGCCCCAAUGACCCCCACCGGCGGAGCCCCCGGAACCACGCAGUCCAACGGCCAAGGUGGCCCGCAGGCGCCCGGUCAGAGCGGACAGGCAGAUUACACCAAGGCCUGGGAGGAAUAUUACAAGAAAACGGGCCAACAGAGUCAGCAGCCCCAGGACUACACGAAAGCAUGGGAAGAUUACUAUAAGAAGCAAGGUCAAGCCGCGCCCCAGGCCACGGCGGCCGCCGCCGCCCAGCCCGGAGGGCAGCCGGACUACAGCGCUGCCUGGGCCGAGUACUACCGCCAGCAGGCCGCCUACUACGGCACGGCCAGCCCCCAGGCCAUGGGCGGAGCCCCCCAAGCCCCCCAGGGCCAGUAAUGUGACGUGGACAUAAAGUAAAUGCCUCAUUGUCGAAACAAAUCCUUUGUUAAAUGUUUGGAUGCAGACGCCUUGAUGAAGAUCUUAAAUUUCCUUGGUUUGAAGGUGUGCUCGUAGACGGCCGCUCGUCCGGCGAACAUGUCCUCCUUUUUUUUUUGUUUUCCUUUACUUAUCUUGUAAAUGCUUUGUUUUUAGUGGUGGUCAUUCCAGGCCUGUAUCUACACAAUGUGGUUUGAACUCAUGUUAAAUUGUAGUCAUUGCCAUGUAUAUCAUCUCAGUUUUAAAUGCUAUUCCCUGUUGUGUUUUGCAAUAAAACGAAAUGAAACCUCCUGUGUUGGUAAGUUGGGAUGCUUAGAGGAGGGGUUGAUGUUAUAUUGUGUAUGCUCUUGUUUUGCUGUUGG